AUGUCAGAUAUUGAAGAUCCGUCUUCACCUGUUGACCUGAAAUCCGAAGAUGAGAGACCAGUAACGAAGAAGAGGCCAAGAAUAGUAGAUCCUGACGAAGAAGAUGACGUUGAUGAUACCGAUGAAGUAGCAAAAGCAGACGAUGAGAAAGCUGAAGAGGACGUAGAAAAUGAUUUAGAUGAGGAUGAAGAUGAUGAAGAUGACGAGGAGGACGAGGAUGAUGAUGAAGAGAAUGAUGGUGAAAGGCGUCGAAAGCGUCGGAGAAAGCAAAAGAGAUAUAGGUUCUUGGAUGUUGAAGCUGAGGUAGAUGAUGAGGAUGAAGAGGAAGAUGAGGAUAAUGAUUAUGGAGAUGUCGCCGAGUUCAUCGACGAAGCACCUGAAGAAGGAGUUGCUCAGAGUGAUUAUCAACAUCGAAGAUUGGAUCGAACGAUUGGUAGAAACGAGGAAGAAGAUGUGCAGGAUAUAGUACAGAGAUUGAAAGAGAGACAUGCCCGAACGGCCGCAGCGAGAUACAAUGGUGAUAGUGAUGCUGUACCUCAGAGGUUGUUGAUGCCCGGUGUGAAUGAUCCUAGUUUAUGGAGGGUAUAUGUCAAGACUGGUAGAGAAGCUGCAAUUUGUGCUUCUAUCUUCCGAAAAGUCUUUUCCCAGCAAUAUUCGGCCAACCCCAUUGAGGUAAUCUCAGUAUUCUUCCGAGACUCACUGCAGGGCAUGAUCUUCCUUGAAGCUCGACAAUCUGCCGCUGUCAGUGCUGCUAUCGCCGGUAUCGUCGGUAUCUUCCCCUCAAGAGGUGUAUCGCUUGUACCCAUUGAGGAGAUGGCUCCUUUGCUCAAGAUCAAGAAGAAGGACGUAAAUUUGACACCAGGAAUGUGGAUCCGGAUGAAGAGGGGUAAACAUACGGGUGACUUAGCACAGGUGGUAGACACGGAUCAGAUCACAAGCGGAGUAGUCGGAAUCAAGUUCAUACCUAGGAUCGAUCUCACCCCUAGGGAAAAGAGGAAAGAAAGAGCAGCCAACGGAAAAGGAUUCACCUCUUCUAUAAAACCACCUUCAAGAUUAUUCUCAUACGACGAUGUCAGGAAAAUCUAUGGUCGACAGAGUGUGAGACAAGGUGCUCAGGGAAGUUAUUUCUUCGAUAAUGACGAAUACAUUGAUGGUUUCUGUGUCAAGGACGUCAAGAUCAAUGUGAUCGAAAGUGAAAAUGUCAAUCCAACCUUAGAAGAGAUAUCGAGAUUUUCAGGGGAUGAUCAAUCUACUGCUAAAUUCGAUUUAUCCGCUAUAGCAGAUGCCAACAAAAAUCUUACUGUGUCGGUUCUGUUGCCUGGUGAUCAAGUUGAAGUGUACGAAGGUGAACAAACUGGAUUAUAUGGUGUUGUCGAAACGGUAACUUCGGACGUCAUAUCGAUAAAAGCUAUAGGAGGUGAAGUGCACGAUCAAAUCAUCGAAGUACCGUCUAGAAGUGUCAGGAAAAGAUUCGAUGUUGGUGAACAUGUCAAAGUGUUGGCGGGCAAGAAUCAAGACGCAACUGGUAUGGUGGUGGAAGUCAAAGGUGAUGUAGUUACUUUGAUGUCUGAUCAAGGAGAACAAGAGAUCAAAGUGUUCUCGAAGGAUAUUAGAAAAGCGGCGGAUACUUCUAACACGACCAAGACUGGUGGACUGUAUGAUCUGCAUGACCUGGUCAUGCUAGAUUCUACCACCGCUGCUGUUGUCACAAAAAUCGAGGGAGCCUUACUGCGUGUACUAGAUCAGAAUGGUGCUGCUAGAUCUGUCACACCCGAUCAAGUGACAUUGAGAAGAGAUAACAAGCGAUUGGCUGUUGCUACCGAUUCUCAAGGAAACGAUAUGAAAGUGGGAGAUAACAUGAAAGAAAUUGAAGGAGAGAAUCGACAAGGAGAAGUGAUAAACAUAUUCCGAUCGCUUUUCGUGUUCUUACACAACCGAGAUCUCACCGACAACAAUGGUGUAUUCGUUGCUCGAGCUCAAUCAUUAAUCUCAGUCACACCGAAAUCUGCCGUGAGCGACUUAGGGAAGAUCAAUCCUGCAUUGAACCAGCAAUUACCUUAUGGCGGUGCAUCGCUCAUGCCUCCUCCCGCUACCAAUGUCAAUCGAAAUAGAUUGAUCAAUACCCUUGUCGUGGUAACUAAAGGAACAAGCAAAGGUUUGUUGGGUACGAUCAGAGAUAUCCAAGGUGAUAAUGCUAGAGUGGAAUUGAAGACGAAUAAUAAAACCUUGACUAUUGCUUUGACUUCUCUGAAGAGAAAAGACCAAAAGACAGGUGCAACUUUCCCGCUCGAAGCUGGUGGUGGACCUGGCGGGUACGGACGUGGUGUGGGUGCUGGUGGAUAUGAUGUUAACCCUUACAAUGGUGCUCCAAUGAAUGGCGGGCAAACUCCUGGAAAUUUCGGUGGAAGAACUCCAGCUGCGAGAUUCGGUCAGACACCAAAUCCAUAUGCUGCAGGUGGUAUCGGAGGUGGCAAAACACCAAAUCCCUACGCUGCUGGUGCUGGUGCGGGAGGCCGAACACCCGCACCUGGAUGGGGUGCUGGUGGCAAAACCCCAGCGCCAGGAUGGGGAGGUGCAGGAGGUAAAACUCCUGGAUGGGCUGGUAGCGGUGGCAAGACACCCGCUCCUGGGUUUGCGGAUGGUGGAAGAACGCCUGCCUGGGGUGCCGGAGCUGCUGGUAUGGGUGGUAAAACACCUAAUCCUUAUGGGGCCGGUGCCGGACCUUCGGGAGGCAGGACACCUGCUCCGGCUGGAUCUACGUAUGGGUCUGGUAUGGACGCUGGGGGAUCAAGGUACAAUAAUGGACCUGUCACUGCGCCUACACCAUAUGGAGGACCCCCAACUGUACAUUCCGCCCCUACUCCUGCUGCGCCAUCUAACCCAUACUCUGCACCUACACCUUACGGCGCUCCCACACCAUUCGCUGGUCCACCAACUUACGCUGCUCCUACACCCGGUGCAGCCUUGUCAGCUCCUACGCCAGGUCUAGGUGGUCCAACGCCCUACGGAGCACCUACGCCUUUCGGAGCUCCAACACCAUAUGGUGGAGGUGCAGGCGGUGGUCCUCAAGUGGCAACAGGGGGAAUACCUUGGGAUUGGGCACUUGAUUUCAGAAAUGUCAUAGUGGAAGUUGGAUCCUCGUCGAAACCCAACAGUAGAUCACCACUUCAUUUCCAGAGAGGUGCUCAUGACGGUAAGAGAUUCGGCUACGAUCAGAUCAACGGAGAAUCGUGUCACUGUAUCUCGCUUGACGAUUCGAGUAUAAUCGAAGAUAUACCUGCCGAAUACCUCCGGCCUUGUAAACCUGACCAACCUGGACAGGUGGUCGUGUGUAUCGGUGGUGGACCCGAACAGAAAGGUCAACAACGAACGACACAGUAUGAGAACGAUGGAAGUUGGAUGAUGGAAAUGGAUCAUGGUGACUUGGGUGCGUUGGUGAUUGAAUCGGGAGAUCUAUGUAGGAUCUGGAAAAUGUAA